AAAAUCUGAGGGAUAACGGCACUGAGCUGUACACCAUCGUUUUCUCUCAGGUGUGGAUGGUGCUCAUGUGAAUUAUUUGAAGUCCAUCGCCUCUGACCCACAUGACACUCACGUGUACUACGUCAGUGACUUUGAUGAUCUGCGUUACAUCUUCACCAGUCUCACUGACAACCUGUGUGACAGCAUCAAGGGUCCAGUACGCAGCAGUCAAACAGACUUCUAUCACUUCUCCCUACCUGAACAAGACGUCACCCUGCCCUGUGGUACUCCGUCCCCCUCUGGACCUCUCCCAUGCUCUGACAUGUCCUGGUUUUAUAGCAGAGCUUCAUCAGAGGCUUUUACUGAGGCCAACGAAGGAAAGGUUAAUCCCAGGUCACUCCGAGCUGGUCGGCUGAGUUUGGACUCCGACUGUUCUUUGGUCAUCAAACGUGUCACUGAUGAGGAUGUUGGUCUCUACACGUGUCACCGUAAUUAUGAUGAUCGUUACGGCAUCAGAGUGUAUCUCAGUCUGUUUUUAAUUUCUCCAAAACCGACAGACUCUGAUCCAACGAGCAACAAUGAACUCCAGUUAGAGUGUUCUCUGUUCAGAUUCAGAGAUCUUCAUCUUUGUCCACCAUACCGUCUCCUCUGGGUGAAUGAGACAGGAGCUGAGAUUACUGACGGUGUUACAGAGACUUUCAGAGAUGAAGGCUGUUUCUCUGACCUGACUGUGACUCGUCAGAGCGGACACAACAAGACAUUCACCUGCCAGGUUGUUGAUGAGGAGAACAAUGUGGAGGUACAGGCCGACUACACACCUGUCUUCACAGCUUCAACAGACUGGUCUCCUCUGAGCUCCAUCAUGCUGGUUCUGCGUAUUUCAGCUCUUGUUUUGAUGAUCGUGAGCACUGUUUUGGUCUUCGCCCUCAGAGGUAACAUCAAACCACGGCGUAAAGAAACCAGCAUGCAUGAGGAUGUCAUUGAAGCCAACGAUGAAAAUGAUGAAGCAUUUGGUGCUGCUUCCAUUGAACUGCAUCGACUUCCAGAUCAAGAUUAAGUCAAGAGAAAGUCAAAUAUGAUUUUUCUGUUUCUUUUCAUUGUGAUUAAUCUCCUGUUGUUGUUGAAGUUUAAAAUUCCACUAUUUUGUUUCUGUUGCUGGUCAACCAGAGCAGCUGCCACCAAGAAAGAUGCACUCUUGAGAUAUAUCUUGGAAUUGUAGUGUUAUUUCACAAUUAAGUUGACAGCAAAUGUUGAAACUUAUGGCAACACAGAAAAUGGACAGUCCAGGAUAUGUUUGAGAGAAGGAACAGGAAAUUUCCAUCAGGAAAAAGAUGACAAAGAAGACCUCAGUCUCAACUAUAACUGGCUAGCUUUAAAUCUAACAACAACUUUCAGCAACUGCCACAGAACACUGCCUGAGACGCUGACGUUGCUUAACCAAAGUGUGCUGAAAGAGAAAAUAAGUCAUGCAUUAAUAUAUUUCAAAAUAGCACAAUUAUGGAUCUUUAUUAAUUGUGAUUAAUGCGUUACUGCUGACAGCAUUUUUCCUCUCUAGUUUACAGACAUUUUUUAAACAUGCCAUUAAAACAGGCAAUCCACAACAUCCCAUGGCUCUGACUUCAAAAGAGGAUAAUCAUGGCAGCAUCGACUGUUCGAAAAUGUCCAACACUGACAAAAUAUAAACAUUUAAGUAACCUGGUCUUGGUUCUAAAUGUGGGACUGUAUGUUUCUUCUAUAGCUGAUCUUGGAGUUUUUAAUAACUUCAAAAGAGCAUUCCUGCAUGUUAGCUCUGUGAAUUGUGUAUAUUCUACUCUUUUAUAUGUUUUAAAACUACUCUGAACAAACUCUGAAAAAAUAUAGACUUCAUGUAUACAAAAAGGGGCAGAGCCACCUCUUUUGCCUGAGAAGACUCCGAUCAAUAGACAUCUGCAGUAAGAUGCUG